AAUGCGCUCUCACAAUAUUUUGCAAACACUCGCUCUCCCUAUCUCAAAUUCUCUGGGAUUCUCUUGCAAACAAAUGACAAACAAAACCUUACAAUGCGCCUGCAUUCUUUUGCUGCUGCCGUUGUUGUUGUUGUUGUUUGUUUUUGGAGCUGUUAUUAAAAGUUAUGGAAUACAGACUUACUAAGCAUGUCGGUCUGGCUGUCAACCUAACGAAUCGACCAACCAACCAGCCAAUGUUAUGAACAAAAAUCCCACCGUUAAAUGGCUCUGAUGUUGUAUUCCCAUUCAUCAGUCAGUUAUUUGUACUUAGGCCUGAGAGUAGUAGCAGCAAGUUAACGCGGAUACGGAUAGGCAGCUAGUUUGAAACAAAAAACUUAAAUUUAGCAGCGGCUAAAAUCAAUAGAGCAGGCAGCAGUAGCAGCUCACCACAAGCUCUAAAUAAAACACAGGUCAAUGUGUGAAGCGAACAAAAAAAAACUUUGCUAUUCUAGACGUGUAGAGCGUGAAUAACAAUCGAGCAAGUGAAACGCAACGAAGAAGAAGCAGAACAUUAAGGAAAAAGUAGAAAAAAAAUAAAACUCCUUCGAAAUAAAAGUUCAUCUAAAAUCCCACUCGUGUCUAUUAAAUUAACAUAAAAUUGUUAAUUUGGUUGUUUGUUAACUCAUGCCAAAGUGAAACAUUUGUAGCAUAAUCAACAGCUAAGAAUUCCAGAAUUCCAAACACAUCCGUAUAUCUACCUAUCUAUCCAACAAAAAGACUUCCGUAAGGUUAACAGACAAAAAAAACAACAAAAUAAGAAAAUAAUUAAAGACUUGCGUUUUAAGUAUACCAAAGAUUUAUUUAUUUUAAAUGUAAACGUUGUUCCGUUUAAAAAAAAUAACUUCGUCUUUAAAAAAAUAAAAAAUACAAAACCUGCAGAGAAAGUGUAUCCAUUAAAUUCCUGGAAAUUCUAUAAGAAAUUAAUCAGAAAUUUACAACAAUAACAACAGCAAGUAUCUAUACAAUUUGCCACCCACGCACACAUUCGAUAAGGAUUAAGGAAACGAGAAGAUAAACGUCAGCGACGACAUAGAAAAAUAAAGCAACAAUUUUCGAACAAAACUCGCCACACUCCCAUCACAAAAUUAAAUAGAGAGGGGGUUCAUGCCACCCAAUAAAACCCUCUAUUGUGAAUUGCCUUCUAACGGCGAUAAGGAAUAUUAAUAACUCACAACAAACACAGCAACAACAACAAGAUUAGUAGACGACGUAAACCCCAGUUGAAACACGUCAAACCACCCACACAAAUAUCACACAAGUGUAACAGCUGUUACUCUCCCCCAAAUACGCACUUUCUCUCACUCGUGCUCUCUCUCGCUCCCCCAUACUAGAGGGUUUUUGCAAUACUUGGCAAAAAGGAACACGAAAAAAAAACAAGAAGAAGCAGCACUCCACAAAGCCACACAAUGUUGACAUUCAAUUCAACGAGACACCUACAUUCGGCGUCAUCCACGACGACGACGUCUCGUCGUCGUCAUCAUCAUCUUCUUCGUUAUUCAUUUGCAUUAUGCUGUUUUCUUGUUGUUGUGAUUAUUGGCAUACCAAGUUUAUGUCAAGGUUAUAUUAUUAAAGAAGAUGAAAGUUUUCUCCAGCAACCCUACUAUGCCUCACAGGGUGAUAUUGAGGAUCUAUUUGCUCGUUUGGCCAAACAAUUUCCAGAAAAUGCCCAGGUCGAAACAAUUGGUCGCAGUUUGGAGGGAAGAUCUUUGGUAUUGCUACGCAUUGGCAGGAAUAUGCGUCAACGUAAUCUGCUGACACCCAUGGUCAAAUACAUUGGCAAUAUGCAUGGUGACGAAACAAUUGGCCGCCAGAUGUUGGUCUAUUUGGCCCAGUAUCUGCUGUAUAACUAUCAAACGAAUUUCGAUGUUGCCGAAUUGGUGAACACAACGGAUAUUUAUUUGAUGCCAACCAUGAAUCCGGAUGGUUUUGAAAGGUCACAGGAAGGUAAUUGUGAAUCUUUGCCCCAUUAUAUUGGUCGCACCAAUGCCGCUGGUGUUGAUUUAAAUCGUGAUUUUCCUGAUCGCUUGGAUUCCCAACAACAAAUACAACAAAAAUCGCUGAAUCGCCAACCGGAAACUGCAGCCAUCAUUGAAUGGGUAUUGAAUAAACCAUUUGUUUUGUCGGCCAAUUUCCAUGGCGGUGCUGUGGUAGCCAGCUAUCCAUACGACAAUUCAUUGGCCCAUCACGAAUGCUGCGAAGAUAGUUUGACCCCCGACGACCGGGUCUUUAAGCUAAUGGCCCACACCUAUGCCAACAAUCAUCCGAUUAUGCGCAAGGGUAACAAUUGCAAUGACACUUUUACGGAUGGCGUUACCAAUGGUGCCCAUUGGUAUGAGUUGAACGGUGGCAUGCAAGAUUUCAAUUAUGCCUUUAGCAAUUGUUUCGAACUAACCAUUGAGCUGUCCUGCUGCAAAUAUCCACCCGCCAAGACGUUGCCCGGCGAAUGGCAACGCAACAAACAAAGUCUGUUGCAACUCCUCAAAUUGGCCCAUAUCGGAGUGAAAGGUGUGGUUAAAGAUGUCAACGGUUAUCCCAUACAUGAUGCAACAAUUGUGGUUUCCGGUUUGGAGGAGAAGCCCAUACGUACGACACGGCGCGGCGAAUACUGGCGUCUGUUGACACCAGGAAUCUAUAACAUCCAAGCAUUGGCUUUCGGCUACCAGGCCAGUGCACCGCAACAGAUUCAUGUAACGAACGACAAAAAUGUGGCUCAACGUUUGGACUUUACCUUGUCGCCGAUUGAGACCAACUAUGAUGGUGAUUUUCGCAAGCUGAAAGUUAUUCGUGCCGAUAAUGCGGAAAAUAUUGAGAAAAAUGGCGGCUUUUUAACGCCAACCAAAUUUGAACAUCACAAUUUUACUGCCAUGGAAAAAUUCCUACGUGACAUAGCCGAUUCAUAUCCGUCCAUAACAAGACUGUAUUCCAUUGGUAAAUCCGUCCAAAAUCGUGAUCUAUGGGUUAUGGAAAUUUUUGCCACUCCGGGACAACAUGUGCCCGGAGUACCAGAAUUCAAGUAUGUUGCCAAUAUGCAUGGCAAUGAAGUGGUGGGCAAGGAAAUGCUGCUCCUGCUCACGAAAUACAUUUGUGAACGUUAUAAUUUCGAUAAUCGCAUAACAAAAAUGGUCAACACCACUCGCAUGCAUUUUCUGUACUCCAUGAAUCCGGAUGGCUAUGAGAUGUCCAAAGAAGGUGAUAAAUCAAGUGCUUUGGGUCGUGCCAAUGCCCAUAAUGUGGAUUUAAAUCGUAAUUUCCCCGAUCAGUACGGAACGGAUAAGUAUAACAAAAUAACGGAACCCGAAGUGGCCGCUGUGAUGAAUUGGACCUUGUCUAUACCCUUUGUGUUGUCGGCCAAUUUGCAUGGUGGCUCCUUGGUGGCAAAUUAUCCAUUUGAUGACAAUGAAAAUGAUUUCAAUGAUCCCAUGACAAGGUUGCGCAUGGCCAAUGGGGCCCAUAAACUGAAUCCCACAGAAGAUAAUGCCUUGUUCCAACAUUUGGCCAAAUUGUAUGCCGAUGCCCAUCCCACAAUGCAUUUGGGCAACCCUUGUCCUCUCUUCAAGAAUGAACAUUUCCCUGGCGGCAUCACAAAUGGCGCCCAAUGGUAUAGUGUCACCGGCGGUAUGCAGGAUUGGAAUUACAUUAAGGCUGGAGUUAUGGAAUUGACAUUGGAAUUGGGUUGCGACAAAUUCCCCAUGGGCGAGGAGUUACCAAAAUUCUGGCAAGAUAAUCGAGAACCCCUGCUGCUGUUCAUCGAGCAGAUACACAAUGGCAUACGGGGCUCCAUAAGAAGUUCAAUUGGUCACCCUGUUGCAGGGGCUGCCAUAAUGUUGGAUGAUGCCAAGCAUGCCACCUACAGUGGUGUGUAUGGAGAUUAUGUAAAAUUGGCAUUGCCAGGGGUACACAAUGUUACCAUAUUGGCGGAUGGCUUCUCCCCCCAACGUGAGCUGGUGGAGGUGCCGGCCAAGGGCCAGAUCCAUUUGGACAUAACCCUAAUGCGUGACGAUCCCCAACAUUGGGCCUCGGCCAAUGAUUAUCGCAUCAUUGAGAAUGUUGUCCACACCCGUUAUCAUUCCAAUGCCGAACUGAGAGCCACCCUGGCCGAAUUUGAGGCCCGCAACGGACAAAUUGCCACCUUUGGUUAUGCUGAAUCGGAAUUUGGAUUCUAUUAUAAUUCCAUAAAGCUAACAGCUGAUAUCGGUGCUCCCGAAGAAAGUAAAUACAAAAUUCUAAUAAUGAGUUCCUUUUUCGAUUCGGCCUCACCACUGGGUCGUGAAAUUUCGAUGAAUUUAAUUCGUCACGUCAUUGAGGGUUAUAAAUUGCGCGAACCCUUGAUUUUGAAGCUGUUGCAGACCAGUGUUUUAUAUUUCCUGCCCAUAACGGAAAAUUUCGAUGCCGUCUUUAAGCUAUACAAUAAUAACAAUACCAUUUGUGAUCCUGUCAUUGGCAAUGAGUUGGGAGAACGCAUUUUAAGUCCUGAAUCGGAAAAAAGAAGAGAUCUUCUCCUGACAUUUUUGGAAAAUCAAAGAUUUGAUUUAAUGCUUACCUUCAGUACAGGCUCCUCAGAAUUAUACUAUCCCAAGGGCGAACAAAUCUAUGAGAAAUUUGCCCACAAUAUUGAAAAUACCGAAUUCAAUUAUUCUCCCCUGCAAUGUGCCGCCACAUCGACCCACACCCUGCGCCAUGACAUUACCGAACGUCUGACGAAUUUAUUCUAUAAAAUGUAUAAUAUACCCAUGUUCACACUGGGCUUAUCAUGCUGUAGUAUGCCCGUGCAGAAGGACAUCACUUCGGUGUGGCGUAAAAAUAUUGAAAAACUAAAGAAUUUCUUGCAUUUGGUCGAUACGGGAGCGGCAGGUUUUGUACAUAAUCGCGAGGAUCAGCCUCUAAGGGAGGCUUUUAUUCGCAUAAUUGAACAUCAACCGGUGUAUAAUGUUAGUCGAAAUGCAGCCCACUUCCAAUUGAUAUUGCCCGAGGGUCUUUAUGCCCUGGAAGUGAGUGCUCCCAACUAUGAAUCGCAAGUGGUUAAGGCCGAGGUGAAACAUGGAAAAAUUAACAAUUUGGGUAUCAUAAAACUAAAUCCCUACACCUUAAUUGUGGGUCACAGUGAAAUCCAGCCCUUGGGUAGAUUGGGAAAUGAUUUGGACACUACAAUGAUAUCAGGUUUUGUGCUGGACAUGUCCAAUCAUCCCAUAAAACAUGCCAAGGUGUCGGUGAUUAAGCCAAUUGUGAAAUAUUUCGUAAAGAAUUUCACCGAUAGCAUGGGUAGUUAUAUUUUGAAAAAUGUCCCCUUGGGAGAGAUAACCCUGAAGGUGGAGGCGCCACGUUAUAUGGAAACGGUGCGCCUGGUUGAUGUCAUCUCUGCGAAUAAAGAGGUGAAAAAUGUGGUCUUCCGUUUGACCCGUAACGAACAUGUCAUGGGUAUGCCAAGAUUUGUGUUUAUCCUGCUGGCCAGUUUGGUCAUCAUUACGGCUGUGGUUAUGUGCAUUCUUUGUACCCAGUGUUUAUUGGCCCGACGCCGACGUACCGAUAAGCCUUAUUACAAUUUCUCUCUGCUGCCACAAAAGGGUAAAGAACUUUUCGAAGAUGAUGGUGAUGAUGGGGAAACGGAGCUGUUUAGAUCGCCCAUUAAGAAGGGUAUGACCAUUAAACCCUAUUUUGAUGAUGACGAUGAUGACACAAAACGUAUCAUCCAUUCCGAUGAUGAUGAGGAGGAAGAGGAUAUCCAUUCGGGUAUUGGCAUAGAUCCUGAUGACAGUGGCGAAGAAAUUGUUAUGCUGGACAAGGCUCUCAAUCACCGGCAUCAUUAGCCACCACAAAAUUAAUAACCGAACUGUGAUUUUGGUAUGCUAAAAGGUAUUCAACAUUUUUUUGGCUAGGGAAAUAGGGAAGAAGUGGAGAAUGGAAAACAGGGGAAUAUAGAUUUUUAAUUGAAAAGGUGCCUGGCUAUGAGGAAAUGUUAUUAUCGGAGGUGAAAAAUAUGUUGAGGCCCAUGUAAACCUAGCAUUAGGCAUAGACAAGACUAUUGUUUUUUUUCUAUCGAUUUAUUAUCGAUGAUAUCGAUCAUGGUAUUUAUGCAAGCAAAGUGAACUAUUGUGACUGAAACAACCUCAUAGCGUUUUGUUGAUGUUAUUACGCUAUUAAUUCACAAUUGCAUGCAUUUUGGCAUGGUAGACGAAUACAGGGACAAUGAACUGUCAAACCAAUUUUCGAAUUGAAAAUUUUCAAUGAAAAAUUAUUGAAAUUUGUGAAAUCUUUUAAAAAUGCAUAUUAUAAUAACCUCCGAUUGGCUUCGUAUAAGAAAAAAUAUAAAAAUCUACUUAUUUUUGUGAAAAAGAAACAUUUUAAAAAUUUUGGCACAUCAAUGUUCCCAAGCGUUUAUGCAUCAACCUGUAUUCUUCUACCGUGAUUACUACUUAAAAAAUCUAUUUAGGCCCAUGUAAACUUAGCCUUAGGUAUCAUCAAGGUUAUUGUCAAUUAUAUUUUUAUCGAUAAUAUCGAUUAUGGCAGGCAUGCAAGAAAACCCAACUAUUGUGAUUGAAACCAACUCAUACAUUUUUGUUGAUGCUAUUACGCUAUUAAUUCACAUGAUAGAAGAAUAGGUAGUUGCAUCGACACGUCUGCUGGGACAAUGAAAUGUCAAAGCAAUUUUCGAAUUGAAAAAUUUCAUGGAAAAAUUAUUGAAAUUUGUAAAAUCAUAAUAACCCCCGAUUGGCUUCGUAUAAGAAAAAAUAUAAAAAUCUACUUAUUUUUUACAAAAAAAUUAAAAUGACAAUUUUCCCAAGCGUUGAUACAUCAAUUUGUAUUCUUCUACCAUGAUUACUACUAAAAAAAUCUACUAAGGCCCAUGUAAACCAAGCCUUAGGCAUUGGUAAAGUUAUUGUAAAUUAUAUUUUUAUCGAUAAUAUCGAUAAUUUCAGGUAUGGAAACAAACAUGGUAGAAGAAUACAGGUAGUCGCAUCAGCUGCUGGGGCAAUGAACUUUCAAAUCAAUUUUGGAAUUGAAAUUGUUGAAUGAAAAAUUAUCCAAAUUUGCAAAAAUUGUGAAAAAAAUGCAAAUUAUAACAACCUCGGAUUGGUGUCGAAUAAGGAGACAGAUACAAACAUUUUUGACAUAUCAAUGUUCCCAAGCUUUAAUGCAUCUACCUGUAUUCUUCUACC